UUUACUCACACACACAGCUUUUGGGGUCUGGCAUAGUAGAUAACAUGUUUCUCAGCUAUGUGACCUGACCAGUAAAAACCUCCUAGCUCUAAUCAUUAGAUACAAGACCUACGUUGCAGAUUGUUACAAGGAUUGUGCAGUUGUUUGUGACUUGAUGUGUUGUUCAGAUUGUUCAUUAGUACACACACACUAGCAUACAUCCCAUAUACACCCAGAACUAUUUUAUCCCUCCUGCUGCUCAGAGCUUCAGUGGGUAUUUAGCCAUAGAGUCACAGUCUAGGCAUGCCUUCUGUAGUGGCCUUGCAGGGGGAGAGAGAGCGAGAAAGUGAGUAAGCCGAAUAGGCAAGAGUGAACGUGAACGAGAGAACCUAAAAGGGACAGAGGGAUGGAGAAGGAGAGAAAGGGGGGUGGCUUCCUCUGCUCUUGCAUUGGUGCUCGUCUGGCCAUGUGCCUAUUCUAACUAUAACCACACACUGGGGGGGCUCUCUUGAGUGGCAGGGACAUGUGAGCUCCUUUACAUGUGCUGUUCUGGGCAGGGGAGGAGGAAAGCAUGAGAAGAGCAGGGGAAAGUGAUUGAUCGUUACAGUCUUUCCUCUUUCUGUGUGAGAUGAGCUAGUGAGAGGGUCUGAGUGUUGGUGAGGUGCUUGGCUGUUGUAGAGGCUUGUAGUGAAGAUGAGUGCUGCUGCAGUAAGGAGCUGAGCCCAGGCCUGCUGAGUGAUAGGACCAGGCUGCUUCAGGUAUCAAGCCCAGAGGGGCUAGGAUGCAAGAACCAGGAUGGGUCACAUGCUAAUGGUCUGGCUCAACAUGUAUCUGACCUACUGGCUCAACACACUUGUGUACCAGACGGACCAGCCAAAUGGAAGAUUCAGGAACAGGAGAAGAAGAACAAUGUCAUCCAAGACAACGUGUCGACAGGCCCCAUGGCGAGAGGUAGCGGCGUGCGGAGUCGGGGGCCACUCAGUCCAGAACACUCACAGGAGGAGGAACCUGCUAUUAUUAACGCCUCCACAGGCCCCGGCAUGGUCACACUGACCAACACACACAUAGACUCCAUGGAGGCAGAAGUGCCACACACAAACACUGCCAAGGCCAGGGCCAGCUGUGAGAAUGUUCUGUAUAUGGAGGGUGUGGAGAGCCAAUUAAAACAGAAGAUAGCAGAGAACAGCAUGGAGAAUUCACCUAGACAAAGGAUAGAGAACACCAUGCAGAACCCACCCAAACAGAAGAUGAAGACAUUUUAGAACCUAGCAAGACAGAUGGAGAACACCAUGCAGAAGCCAGCCAGCCAGAGGACAGAGAAGACCAUGGAGAACCCACCCAAACAGAGAACACCAUGGAGAACCCAGAAAGACAGAAAAUAGUGAACACAAUUGAGAGCCCAGUGAGACAGAGGAUAGCAGAGAAUGACGUGCUUGGGGAUACCUGGUUCAGCCGGACCCUGGACCCUGGACCCUGGCCAGGAAGAGACAGAGGGUUGGGGAACCCACCUGGUCAAGACAUCCCCAACCCACCAGCUGUAUGAUGUCAGAGCUGGGGGGAUUACCUCAAUUUAGUGGCGUAUUGAUGAGGAAUACUGUGUCGUCAGGGAACCCCUGGGGCGGGGUUUCAGGCCCAGAACUCAGAGCUUCUACAGCGUCUGCUCCAUCGACGCAUAUGACCUCGACACUGACCAAUCGCAGACAGCGGAAACAUUUAUCCUUUAUUCAAUCGCACAUCGAAGAACCUACAGCUGUCCAAUCACAUUCAGAGGAACCUACAGCCAAUGACCAAUCACACAGAGAGAAAUCUGCAUACGCCUGACCUAUGGCACAUAACAGAACCCAAGGCUUCUGAACCCAUGGCUUCUGACCAGUUCACAAACAGUUGAAUUUACACCCAUCAACCAAUCACAAACAUUGAAACCAGCAGCUUUUGACCAAUCCUAUUGUGAGCCUCCCGUGGCACCAGCUCUGCCAGACCUUCUCUGGAGAAGCUAUGAGGACCCUCAGGCAUUACGACAGGACAGCCCCAUCGCCCCCGGAGACGCCAGAACCCUGCUGUUAACUGGAGACAUUACAGCCCCCGUCAUGCUUGAGCUGACAUCACGCCGGGGGGAAAGAGGGUGUGGUAAGAAGAGAGGUUCUAUGCCCACAGAGAAGACAGUUGACAGCAGCCAGAAAAGAGAAAAUGCAAAGAGGGAUUUAAACCUCCAUGAUACCCAAAACUCUAUCCCCACCCCCACAGACCCCUGCCCCCCUGACCCUACCCGUACAGAUUUAAACCUCCAUGAUACCCAAAACUCUAUCCCCCACCCCCACAGACCCCUGCCUUCCUGACCCUACCCUUACAGAGGAGCAGCUCACACCCAGCCCUAGCUCUAGUCCUAGUCCCAACUCCAGCCCCCUGCUUGGGGCAGUGAAUGAAGCUACAUGUGUAGAGGAGAUGGAGGGGCGGGAGAUAUACCAGGCUUUCUCAGUAAGUAUGAUCAGUGAGAGGCUGAGAGGAGAGAUGGAGGAGGAGACCAUGCUCAGCAGGACAGUGGAGACCACACUAACAGAGGUAUCACCAGUCUCCACACUCUCCUCACUAUCGACAGUCUACCCAGUCUAUGCAGUGUCUCUACUUAUGGACUUUACUGUCUACUCAUUCAAAUCUGACCUUAGACCAGUGGAUGUGGAACAUGAAGCUGAAACAAAACUUGAUCCGUAUGAUACUACUUCUGAUCGCAACACUAAGCCUGACCAAAACAUAACCCAUGUGCAUACUGGGAGACCUGAUGGGGAUCAUGUCAAACCUCCUGAAAAUAACAGGAGCCCUGCUGAUGACUCAGAGCUCACUGAGCCCCACCAGAGGGAGCAGCCAUCUUCCUCAGGGUUGUGAGGACAGAGCCAGGUGCCCAUCUUUCUCAGGACUGUGAGGAGGACGCAGAAAGCAGCCAUCUCUCUGAGGAAAGAGGAGGCUCUACUCCUGUCCCUCAGGACCUGCCUCUGCACUCACUUACCGCCCUGUAAAGGUUCUUCAACCUCCUUGUCCCCUUCCUCCUCUGUAGGGUCGGAGGGGAGUGAUGGGAGAGUGAGUUCAGAGAGAGGAACUGAACCCACUGACUGCCCACUGACUGGAACACACAAUGACAAAAGGGCAGAGUUACAGACUGACGACUGUGAAGAAACACAUAUAGGGGGUGAUGUUGUGAAACAAAAUGACUGAGUUGUAGAGAGCUCAGAGACACACACUGCAAGUAGAAUAUCCCUCCCAGAGACAUGUGUUGCAACAGAUAGCCUCGGUAGUGUGUUUAGAGUAGGGACACACAUUGACAGUAGUAUAGGGACACACAUUGACAGUAGUAUAGGGACACACAUUGACAGUAGUAUAAGGACACACAUUGACAGUAGUAUAGGGACACAAAUUGACAGUAGUAUAGGGACACACAUUGACAGUGGAGUAGGGACACACAUUGACAGUGGAGUAGGGACACACAUUGACAGUAGUAUAGGGACACACAUUGACAGUAGUAUAGGGACACAUUGACAGUAGUAUAGGGACACACAUUGACAGUAGUAUAGGGACACACAUUGACAGUAGUAUAGGGACACACAUUGACAGUAGUAUAGGGACACACAUUGACAAUAGUAUAAAGACACACAUUGACAGUAGUGAGGAGCCCCUGACCUUCGGUUACCACGGCGAUAACUGUUCUGCUGUGAACUACCCUGGAGACGAUGCAACAACUGCAGAUUCCUAUUUUCUGUCAGGUGUGCUGGGGGUGGAGCAUAAUCUGAUUGAUGUUUACACCUCCACCCCGUCUUACCAGAUACAGUUUCUGGGUCAGAGGUCAUUGACUGUUACCACAGAGACGGGCACUGUGGGGCUUAGAGGUCAGACUGAAGAGCGUGGCAUGAUGGACAUGGUGUCAGAGCUGCAUGGGGAGGAAGUGGACCCCACCUUCUCGGGCCUCUACCCCUCUCCCUGGAUGCAUUUAGGGCCAGGGCUGCAAGAGGGCUGUGUAGGAUGGGCCUAGGGUAUGGUGCCCAGCCAGGGUGAAGGCGAGGAGGGCUAUAAGAAGGAGCAGCCCCCUAGAUCCAUGGCCUACACCACCUGCAGCACUCUGCUGCCCCAGGACUCUUGUCUCUGAGAAUAGUACCCUCACCACCAGCCUGAAUCCACCCCGGUCUCUGAGCUGAACCCAAACGCUCAAGUAUGGGCCAAUCACACACUUAGCCUGGACCCCUCAGGCCUUGUCUACACUGACGCCCUCCAAUCAUGGCUGGCGGUGACCAGUCACCUUGACAACCAGGAAGGGUAUGAGCAGGUAUAUGACCUGGAGGAGGUGGGCGAGGCUCAGCUGGAACCGGGCGGUGUAGAAUUUCCGGUGGUCACCAUGGGAAACCCGUCAGCCAAUGGCCUGGUCCAGGAUAGCUGUGUGUCAGAGGAGCUCAUGGCACAGCUGAAGACCUCACUGGAGUCCUGUCUGUCACGGGAGAACCUGGCCAAUGACCUCUACCUCGUCUCCCAGAUGGACUGUGACCAGUACGUUCCCAUAGCAACGCUUGCCAACCUCGACCACAUCAAGAAGCUCAGCACGGACUUGGAGCUCAUCUCUGACGUCCUCAAGUCAUUGCCACUGGUGGAUGUGGCAGAAUGUGGGCAGAAGGUACGGCCAAAUCGGGGUCGCUGUAUCGUCAUCCUCCGAGAGGUCCCAGAGACCACACCCCCAGAGGAGGUGAAGGCUCUGUUUGCAUGUGAGAGCCUCCCCAGGAUCCAGAGCUGUGAGUUUGCCCAGAACGACAACUGGUUCAUCACCUUCCACAGUGAGGCUGAUGCUCAACAGGCGUUCCAAUACCUAAGAGAGGAGGUAAGGACGUUCCAGGGGAAACCCAUCAAGGCACGAAUCAAGGCCAAAGUGAUGGCAGUCACAUCUUACGCUCCAAAGAAUGGCUACAGGCCCUGCCCAAUGGACCCCUGCACCAAUCAGCAGCCUUACAGCCCAUACUACGCCCAGCCCACUUUCCAGCAGCCCCUCCCACAGCUCUACACAAUGACUAAUCAGAGCUUGGCUGCCAUGGCCGGAUACACAGACCCUGUCAUGAUGGCGUCAUUCUCUGGCUUCAUGGACGGCUUCCCAGGAUGCCCCAGCUUCAAGCUAUCCCCCUCACACAGACUCAGGGGACAGCGAGACCAGAGGCGGUUGUCUGGCGACAGGGGGCUGGGCCUUCUGGAUGAUCCCCCCUUCUUCCUGGAGGGUGGACCAAUAGGAUGCGUUCCUGGCCCCCCCAGGCAGGGUCGGCCACGGUUACCAGGCAACAGGCGUAGGGACGGAGAGGGGGGUCGACGUGGAGGGAGAGGGGGGUCGGGGUCCUCCCCCAGCACUGACAGAGGAAGGAGAGGUCCCAUUGGUCAGAGGAGGAGAAGAGAUGACAAGUACUCUAGAGGGCCCCCCCAGUCGCCCCCCCGCUCCUUGUCUCCCAGUCUGGAACUCGGCCCCAAUAGCUUCCCCCCACUUCCCCUUGCUACAGCUUCUACAGCAACAGUUACCACAGCAACCAACAUCCAUAAGGCAACCAGCAACCACAAGAGUCCAGUUAGAGGCAGCAGUACCAGUGAACCAACCACUGUGACAUCACAAGACCUCCAGCCUAUCACAGCAUUGCCUCAGAAAACCCUCCCCCUAGCGAAGAUAAAGGAAACUGUAGUGUCUCCCAAGAGAACCACAGCAGCUCGUCUGACCGUGAAAGAACCUCAGACCACGAAGGGGAACAGACCAGCAGUGGUGAGACAACUCACAGACUACAGAGACAAACUGGAGUCCAAGAAGCCAAGCUACGCUGAGAUCUGCCAGCGCAUACGAGCUAAUCAGAUGCUCACCGCAAAGGCUACUGACCUCACCCCCUUGGGGACGGAGCUUGUCCCAGCCUAUCCUGCUCAGGCGCCUGACCCGGCACAGUUAUCACGGUGACCAGAGUGAGAUAGUUACUUUGGGUUGGGGAGGGAAGAAGAGAAGGGAAGAAGUUCUUCAAGCCAAAGAAAAAAAUUUAAAAGUUGUAGCACUGUUGUUUCUCUCUGUUGUCUGUCUGUCAGACUUGACGGACCUUUCUGACUUUCUGAAAUCUUUAUGUUUUGAUAUUGAUUGAUUUCUUUUGAUUAAUAUUGAUCAGUAUUUAGAGGAUUGGACAUCAGAUUUCUGUAUUCCUUGGUCCAAAUAACUUAAUCAGAACAUUUACAGUAACAACGAACAGCCAGACACUGAGUGACAACUGGCUAAAGUACUGAUAUCAUAUAACAUUUUGUUUCUGCAUGAGUUUUAGAUGUAAUUUAUUUUAUGUUAGAUGGAAUUCCUUUUGUGUUGACUGGGGGAGGGGGGAGGGGGAGUCUCUUACAGACAGACGAGGAAGAGGAACAACUCUGGUUGAUAUUGAUAAGUUUGCAUACAGAUACAACAUUGUUAGAGUUACUUGAGUUAACAACUUGAUAUGGAAUCAGGGGUGGUGGGAGGUAAAUAGUUUUCAGUUCAGAUUUCUUGUGUUUGAGAUAGAUUAAGUUUGUAAAUGUGGGUAUUAGAUACAGAAUUGAGGCAUGAUUUAAAAAGGUGAAUGUUUUUUUUUCUGUACAGAUGUAAAUAAUUUGACUGUUAUUAAACAAUUGCCUUAAUAAUAAACAGUAAACAAUCA